AGAACCCUCCAGGAGACUGCUAUCAUGGCGGAGAAGCCCAAGCUCCACUACUUCAAUGCACGGGGCAGAAUGGAGUCCACCCGGUGGCUCCUGGCCGCAGCUGGAGUAGAGUUUGAGGAGAAAUUAAUAAAAUCUCCAGAAGAAUUGGACAAGUUAAGAAAUGAUGGGUAUUUGAUGUUCCAGCAAGUGCCAAUGGUUGAGAUUGACGGGAUGAAGCUGGUGCAGAGCAGAGCCAUUCUCAACUACAUUGCCAGCAAAUACAACCUCUAUGGGAAAGACAUAAAGGAGAGAGCCCUGAUUGAUAUGUAUAUAGAAGGUAUGGCAGAUUUGUAUGAAAUGAUCCUUCUUCUGCCCUUCUGUAAACCUGAGGAAAAAGACACCAAGAUUGCCAUGAUCAAAGAGAAAACAAAAAAUCGCUAUUUCCCUGCCUUUGAAAAAGUCUUAAAGAGCCACGGACAAGACUACCUUGUUGGCAACAAGCUGAGCCGGGCUGACAUUCACCUGGUGGAACUUCUCUACUACGUGGAAGAGGUUGACCCCAGCCUUAUCUCCAGCUUCCCGCUGCUGAAGGCCCUGAAAACCAGAAUCAGCAACCUGCCCACGGUGAAGAAGUUUCUGCAGCCUGGCAGCCCAAGGAAGCCUCCCACGGAUGCGAAAACUUUAGAAGAAGCAAGGAAGAUUUUCAGGUUUUAAUAAAGCAGCCAUGGAGGCCAAGAACAUGCAAGACCAACGUUCUAAAGCUUUGCAACAAUAAAGUGCUUUACCUAACUGUU